GAGGAGCCCGCCUUCGACGGCAAUGCGUACACCUACAGCUCGACUUAUCACGCCGGCACGGGCACGCUCCAGCUGUACGCGCACCACGUCACGCCACCGACCGCGCUGGGGGGCCGGCCCGAGUACCACAUGACGAAGCUCAGAGGCUUCGACAUGACAGAUAGCCGCGAGACAUUCGUUCAGGGCGCAACAGCGUUCAGAAAUGCGAGAGAUUUGGCACAGAGGCACCGCGACAGGUUUAUUCAGGCGGCGAAUGCACAAGCUCGCCAGUCCAAUGCCGAGUCACCGCCUGAAGCAGAAAUAAUAGUUGCAGUGGCAGAACAGGAUGAAGAAUCGACUGCCGACGAAUUUAUAGAUUACGAGGACUACACCGGAUCACAAGUUGUCGGCACCGAGAACCAUGCCGCAUCCGGAGAUGUCGGGGAGGAACCGGCUCUCCCACAGUACCUUUAUGCCGAGGACGAAGAGCCUAGCCAGGAGUCCCCAUCUCUUGGUGCCGAAUCGGCUAUAAGCCUCGCCACGAGCUUCACGUCGAGCUUCAGCCAGACCAGUUCGAAACGAACCAGGGCACCCGACAGUCCCCCGUCGAAUUCCCAGCCACACAAGAAACACGGCUCGGCCAGGAGGACACGCCAGAGCGCGUCUCGACGACCGGCAAGGUCCUCCACGCAGGCCUCGACGUCUUCAGGAACUAUACCGCCGCCGGCGUCGACUGAAGAACCUGACGUGGAGUGA